GACAUCUUCCGGCUUCUCCGCUUUGUCGCAUUCCGCCCAAUCACUCGCUGGCUUCUUUCCUCUCGUCUCCCCUAUAUACCUCGUCGAGGACGCAAAUUAGAUAACAAAGAUUAGUGCGGUGGAGCGGUGAGAUCGGAGUCUCGUUCGUCCGACCGGUACUUCCUCAGUCUGUUCACUUUCGUUCUCUCCGGUGUGCCAUGGAGGAAGGUAUGUGCUGCUUUCUGUUGGUUAUGUUGGGGUUUAGUGAUACUCUGGUGGCUGUGGGAUCCUAAGAUGAGCCGAGGCCCAUCAAGCUCCUUAGUUGGUGUUUAUGGAGUUGGAACUUAAUGGGAGUUUCUGUAUGCAACUUCCUUCCCAGCUAAGUUUUAUGGCUUUGAUAGAGGGGUCCUUCCUUCUUCUUCUACUUAUUAUUAGCUGGGCAGGUGCUGAUGCCAGAAGCUUGGUGAACUUUGACGUUAUGGUUACAGAAAUAGGCCUUGAGACACCUCAAAAUCAAAGUAAAAUAUCUAAUGCAGUCGAUGGAAAUGAUAAAUUGUGCACAUUAUGCGAGAGCUUUGUUGCACAGGCUACCCAAUAUAUUGGUGAAAACAAGACUCAAACUGAGAUAAUUGAGAUGCUCCAUCAAGCAUGUUCUAAUGUGGACCCUUUUGAGGAGCAGUGUGUUAUGUUGGUGGACUUUUAUGCAUCACUUUUCUUUGCCGAGAUCUCUAAGAUGCAUCCAGAGGUGUUCUGCACAAAGUUCAAUCUUUGCGAGGAGAUGGUUUCUGUUAAUCUACCAAAAAAUGAUGAUUCCUGGCUUUCCUGCUCCCUUUGUCAUGAUGUGGUUGCUAACGUACUUGUUAAACUGAAAGAUCCUGACAUCCAGUUUGAGGUAAUUAAGAUGCUUCUUGAGGGAUGCAAUGGGGUGCAGCAUCAUGUCAAUGAGUGCAAGAAGCUGGUCCUCCAUUAUGGCCCUCUGAUCCUGGAAAAUGGUGAAAAUUUUCUGGAAAUUACAGAUGUUUGUGCUGCCAUCCAUUCAUGCAAGACCAGCCAAGUCGAAUUCAUUGGCACUGCUUCCGCAGAACAAGCUUCCUUGAUUGAAGAAUAAUUGUUCAUAUUAACACAAUUAAUAUGGCUAAAAUGAGUGAAAUAAACUACAAGGAAGCUCUAGAACUGAUAUUGGAUAAUGUUAUGUUAGUAGAGUACAUAGGUGUGUUUAUGUAUCCUAGUUUUUGUCUGAUCUAUUGUCAAUGUGAAACCAUGUUUAUGUUCUAGUCUAUGCAGAUAAUACUACUUUUAUCCCCUUA